CAGUACUAAAUGGAUAAAACGUUUGUUUUCUCUGAUAAUCUCAAAUUAUCCUCUUAUUACACAGUCAUGUCAAAUAACGGAUAAUUAUAUUUUAAUGUGCACAUGUAAAAUUAAAAUUAUUCUCCAAAGAAUUCACAAAAUUGAAAAUUAAUUUGCAGUUCGUGAAGCUUCAGAUAAAAAAAAGUGGGAACGAGGCUACAGAACCUUAACGCCACGUCUUCUGUGUCUUACCUGUUUGCGAGUAUUCACCUUUGAUUUCGCGGACACCGGUACGAAUACAAACAGCUGGUACUAAUACAAUCUCUUUAAGGGAUGGCCAGCUGGAAGAUAUUGUUGUUGCUAGCGGCAUUGUUACCAUUGAUAUUUGCUGCUCCGCUUGAUCCAAAGAAGCAGAGAGAGUCUGGGGAGGAGGAAGAGCAGGAGAAGGAUGAUGAAACUGAUGAUAUACGGGAGCAGGAGGAAGAUUAUGAUACAGGUUUAGAGUAUGACAGAUAUUUACAAGAAGUUAUUAAUGUGCUAGAGAAAGACCCUGAUUUUAAAAAGAAAUUAGAAGAAGCUGAUAUUGAACACAUCAAGAGUGGAAGAAUAGCUGAUGAAUUAAAUUUAGUUGACCAUCAAGUGCGGUCUAAGCUAGAUGAACUGAAACGUCAUGAAAUCAACCGCCUUCGAUUAGUAGCACGAGAACAGUUAGAUCAAAAAAAUGGGGUGAAACGUAUGGAUAAAAAAUCAAUUACAGAUCUUUUAGGACAUGUUGACCUUGGGAAUACAAAAUCAUUUGAGGAAGAAGACUUAGCUAAGCUUAUACAAAAGGCUACUAAAGAUUUAGAUGAAAUGGACAGGAGGAGGAAAACCGAUUUUAAGAAAUACGAGAUGGAGAAGGAAAUCAAGAGACGAGAGAAAUUGAAGCAAAUGUCAGAUGCUAAGCGAGAGCAGGCUAAGCAAGAAUGGGAAGAAUCACAGAAAAAGAGAAAGCAGCAUGAUAAAGUAAAACACCCAGGCAGUAAGAAGCAACUGGAAGAAGUGUGGGAGGAAACGGAUCAUCUUGACAAAGAUGAUUUUGAUCCUAGGACAUUUUUUAUGUUGCAUGAUAAGAACGGUGAUGGUAAAUUGGAUCCAAUGGAGCUGGAAGCACUCUUUGUGAAUGAAAUUGAAAAAAUCUAUGGUGAUGAUUCUGACCCAAGGGAGAAGAUGGAAGAAAUGUCCAGAAUGCGAGAGCAUGUCAUGAAGGAGAUUGAUACUGAUAAAGAUUUUAUGGUUAGCAUGCGAGAAUUUAUGGACGCAACCCGAGAUAAAGAUUUUGACAACGAGGAAAGCUGGGAAGAUUUAGGAGAUAAAGAUCUUUUUACCGAAGAAGAGUUAGCAGACUUCCAAAGACAGCUACAAGAAAUGGAAGCCAGAAGAAUGAGAAACAAUGUGAAGAAACAACAACAACAACAACUUGGAGGUGAAGAUGACAAGUUGAAGUUCCAGGCAGAGGCAGUUGCCCAAGUGGCAGCACAGCAAGCAGCUCAACAAAAGUCUGCUCAAGAGCUUGCACAGCAACAGAAGGACGCCCAGCUAAGAAAUGCCCAAGAGGCUGCCAGGCAGAAUCAACAGGCAGCUCAACAACAAACUGAACAAAAAGAACAGAUGAAACAACAAUUUGACGAAGCACACGCAGCUAUACAACAACAGCAUCACCAGCAACAGCAACAGCAACAGCAGCAUCACCAGCAACAGCAACAAUUUGAUGAAGCUCACAAAGCUAUAAAACAACAACAUCACCAAAAUGAUGCAAAUGUAGUUGUGAUGGAAGGUGGGCAACCUCUACAAGCUCAGGCAGCUCAGGCAGCACAGGUUAAUGAAAACAAACCACAACAGUAACAACAAUAAUCACCAUCUCUCUUUGGCUUAUGAUACAAUAAUAAGGAAUUACAUGUUAUUACACAGUAUUGUAAUUUGUUCUCUACACGUCAUCUCCUUUUUUAAAUAUGUUUGUAUAUGUGUACGGAUAAAAAAGCUUGCCCAAAGUUUCUAUAAACUAUCAAUGUGCCUGAUCAUUUGUUUGAUUAAUUGCCAUAAUGAUACUUACGUAGUUAUGAUAUAAAUAUUCAGAAAUCAUUUAUAACCGUAUAGGUUGGUAAUUGUCAUGCGAUUGAAAGUGGUGAUCAGCUUGUGCAAAGAUUGAAAAAAUCAAUUUUACUUGAGUUGAAUGUAUCACAUUGGACUGAUUUCCGAUCACCCAUUAACAAAAACAGUAAAAAAAAAGAACAUUUGAGCUUCAAUAUAGAAUAUGUAGAGAAAAAUAUAGCUUGGAGUCUUUUGAUAUUUGUGGUGUAUUUAUUUUUUAAAAAGGUAUAUGUUUACAAUAUGUUUCAUGAUUCUUUAUACCAGGAAAUAUUUUGCCAAUAUUUUUACCAUUGAUAUCAUAAUAUCGAUGUAUUCUUAUUUUGACAUUAUUUUUUUAAAUGUAACUUGUCAUUUUUGGAGUACCAAAAUGAGUCUUGGCAACACAAGUUUGUGGCUGCCUGUAUUUUGGUAUCUGUGCUUUAAAAUUUUGUCUACUACAGGCCUAGGGAGUUCGGGGCGGGCGGUCAAACGGGUGGAUGGACGGACGGACUGACAGUUGGGCAGGCUUUCAAGGGAGGCAGGGAUAUUUUCUUUGAAAUGAAAUUUGCUUAUUUGUAUAAAAUAUUUUUUGUAUGUGUUGCCCUGGCAUUCUUCUUCUUCAUUAUGGUACAGUCAUGAUGGUAAUGGUAAUCGGUACUUGUCAACCACAGACUUCUGCUGUGGUAUCAAUAAUUAUGUGGAAAUUUCACUACCUGCUCACUGUACCUUUCUUAGUUUCAAAAUUAAUCACCGUGAGCUUUAUAGUUAUUUUACUUUGUCUUGUGUACAUCGCUUAGUUGUCCCAGCUAUAUGAUUUAAGCAUUCAUGUCUAUGAAAUGGAAUAAUAAUUCUGUUUCUAUAAUUUAUUAUUUUGUUUUCCAAACCAACAUAUGGCCUGUGAUGUUUUGAAAGUCCAAGAGAGACCAUUACAUGGAAUUGUUAAAAUAACAAACAUAAUGCAUACAAAUUUUACACUAAACCUCCAUAAAGUAUUGUAUCUGAUUGAUGUCAUUCUUUUUUUCUGUCACUGUGUAAUCACUUUUUACUGACACAUGAAAACAUUAAAGUUAUUAUUUUGUUAUUGU